AUGGCGGAAGCUGCUGAAAUUGAAAAAUUGCAGCGUCAUCUUGACCUACUGCGGCAAGAGUAUGUCAAACUACAAAACAAACUUGCUCAGGUGGAACAGAAAUAUAGCAUAUCCGCGGCAGCCAGUGGUAACCUAGAAGAAGACAGCUUUGUCUCCAGACUGUUGAAAACUGUAGCUGAUCUCUUUGAUAGAGAACUGUACAGUGAUCUUACAGUUAAAUUAGAGGGUCAUGUCCUGAAGGCUCACAAGUUUGUUUUAGCAGCUCGUAGUGAUGCAUGGGGCGUACCAGACCUGGCCAAUGUCCAGUCGUUAGAUUUCACAGACAUACCAUAUGAUGUUGGGGUUUGUUUAAUGAAAUGGGUUUAUACCGACCAAGCGGACAUGAAAUCCGACGACACAUUUGUCUUACAGCUUUUGAAAGCUGCCAGUAGAUAUAAAUUAGAUGGGUUGAGAGAUAGGUGUGAAAAAGCAUUGAUGUCCUCAGUGAAUGUCAGGAAUUGUAUUAAAUUUUAUGCCACAGCUGAUGAAAUUCAAGCCAAUGUUCUCCGAGAGUACUGCUCUGAGAUUAUUUCAAAUCACUGGGGUGACUUCAGUAGCCCUGAUUUUCCAGCAUGACCUGCACCUUUGUUAUAUAAAAUGUUCAAAGCCAAGACGGAAUAUCCGUUACAUACAGCUAUCAGGCAUAAACGAGAAGACGUUGUCUUUCUUUAUCUGAUGGAAUACGACUCACAGUUGCCAGCUAAGUUAAAUAUCAUAGACGACCACGAAGAUCUACCGUUAGAUCUGGCAUUGUCCACUAAACAGGAGAGUAUAGCACAGGAAUUAGUGAAGCAUAAAGUUGAUGUGGAUAUGACUGAUAACCAGGGACAAUGUCUGCUUCAUAAAGCUGUUAGAAGAGGUGAUGAAUUUGCUGCGUGUUUCCUUGUCAAAAAUGGUGCCAAGAGUAAUUCAGCAAGUCACAGAGAGAAGGAAACAGCCUUGCACAUAGUUGGCUCCUAUAACCCUGGCAUAGCUGAAGGAGAUGUCAUAGACGGUAUGGCGAGGGUAGCGGCAUUAUUACUCCAGUAUGGCGCCAAUCCCAACAUGCAAGAUAACAAUGGAAGGACACCAUUACAUAGAGCAGUUUCAGCACGAAAUGAUGCUGUCUUCACCUUGUUGCUAGGAUACAAACAACUUGACUUGGAGUUAAGGAGCAAUGAAGGAGACGUUGUACUAUGGCUGGCUUUAGAUAACACCACAGGAGACCAGCAAUAUGAUGACAACAGCUUUGCAGCGAGGUUGAUAACACGUGGAAGUAGUCCUGAUGCUAUCCAUGCACAAACUGGUGACUCACUAUUGCAUCUGGCAAGCAGAGCCAGGAACGAGGAAGCUGCUUUGUUUCUCGUCGAGCACAAUGCUAAAGUCGGUCAUGCUAAUCUUCAAGGUGAAACUCCGCUUCACACUGCCGCACAUUAUGGCCUUGCACAGCUGACAUCACAGCUUCUCAUGAAAGGAGCCAAUCCAAAUGCCCAAACAAAAUUUGAUGUGACAAAACCUAUUAGUCGGUUUGACAAGGACAAUACAGCAGCCGAAGCAUCGCAGCAAACACCUUUACAUAUUGCUAUUGUAAAUAAACACACAGAUGUUGUAGCGGUCUUUCUUGAACACAGAGCCAACGCCAUGCACAGUAACAACAGUCUUCAGAUUAUCCCCGAUCUAAACUUAGUGAACAGUCAAGAACAAACUGUACUUGGACUGGCGCUAUGGAUGGGACUGCACGAGAUAGCGGCUCAGUUGUUAGCUGGGGGCGCGAACAUCAAUCACACUAUGAGCGACGGUAUGACGUUGUUACAUCAAGCCAUUAUGAAACAGGAUGCAGCGAGUGCGUUGUUUUUAUUGGAACACCAAGCAGAUAUCAACAUUAAAACCAAAGAAAAUGAAACUCCUCUGCAGGUUGCCAUCAAGCGCCACUUACCCGUCGUGGUAGACGCUCUCUGUGUACGCGGUGCGAACAUGAACGUAAUUGACGAGAACGGAAAUCCUCCCUUAUGGAUUGCACUUGAGAGCGGACAGGAGGACGUGGCAUCAACGUUGGUGAGGCAUGGUUGUGACACGAAUGCUUGGGGUCGUGGACCGUCAAAUUGUCAGCAGACGUUACUACACAGGGCCAUUGAUGAGAAUAACGAAGCUGUUUCUUGUUUUCUGAUCAGAAGUCUAUGUGAUGUUAAUACUUCACGCCGUCCGGGUCCAAACGGUGAAGGGGGUGAGGAAUCUCGAGAUGGUCAGGGACCGUUACAUCUAUCCUGUCAAUGGGGGUUAGAGCAAGUCGUACAGUCCCUGAUUGAAAUGAACGCUGAUGUGAAUGCGAAGGACAAUGAAGGUCACACGCCAAUCCACAUCGCCAUUAGCAAUCAGCAUGAUACUCUUAUUAGACUAUUAAUGUCACAUCCGUUGUUGGAUCUGACCCUACGUGACAAGAACGGGCAGACCCCAUUUGCUGCUGCCAUGACCUCCAAAAACAACAAAGCUGCACAGUUGAUUCUAGACAGAGAACCAGGAGCUGCCGAGCAGCUUGACAACAAAGGUAGAAAUUUUCUCCAUAUUGCUGUUAUGAAUGCCGAUAUAGAGAGUGUGUUAUUUUUAAUCAGCGUCCACGCAAAUGUCAACUCAAGAGUACAGGACGCCAGUCGGUUAUCCCCGCUUCACAUGGCCAUACAGACGGGUAACGAGAUGAUCGUUAGGAAUCUGCUUUUGGCGGGUGCGAGUAUAACUGAUUUAAACAACCACAAACAAACAUGUCUUCAUAUCGCUGCCAUACAUGACCAUCCCGCUAUUUGUAGUAUAUUAAUAGAAAACCAUGUAGACGUGGAUGCAUUAGAUGAUAAUAUGAAUAACGCGCUUCAUGUGGCGGUACAACAUGGAAACAUACACUGUAUUAGAGUACUACUCACAGAAUCACAGAUCAAUGCCGAGGCCGUAAAUCUCAGAGGGCAGACACCAAUGCAUGUGUUGGGCCAGUAUGGUAAAGAUAAUGCAGCAUCUAUAUUUGAUCUGUUUAUGGAAUGCAUGCAUGAAUACCCUGUGGAUAGACCGGAUGCCGAGGGCAACACAGUUCUAUUACUAGCCUAUCAGCAAGGCAAUGCUAAUCUAUGCCGUGCCAUCGUUCGUUCAGGAGCCUGUCUGGGCCCAGUUAACAAGCAAGGUGUCUCAAUAUUCAAUGCACAAGUUGCGACUAAACAGCUCCUUUUUAGAAUGUUGGAUAUGCUGUCAGCCGAGCCACGGUGGUCUGAUGAUGAGUGCUGUCAAGAGUGUAUGACUAAGUUUGGUAUCAAAACAAGAAAACAUCACUGCCGACAUUGUGGUCGUAUUGUUUGCGCCAAGUGUUCAGCCAAGAUGAUGCCGAUAAUUAAGUACGAUCUCAACAAACCAGUUCGUGUCUGCGAUAUGUGUUUUGAUGUUCUCACGCUUGGAGGUUCACCUUGAGUUGAAGAGAAUCUACCUACUCAUACUUAUUUCUUGCUUGAAUAUUGAAUAUUUUUCUAUAUAUUGUGUCGUUGGAGUGUUUGCAUUGUUACUAGGGGUGAAUCAAAUACAUAAAUCAGUCCUAUACUGCAGUUUUAUUGAUUUAUGCGUUUUGGACCAAAUAAGGAUGCGUUGUUUUAAUUCAUGACAAUUACGCUAUUGAGAAGGGAGGGGGGUCCAGAUUUGCGAAAUUUGCCUAUGUUGGUGUACAGUGUUACAGUGAAAGACAGAAAGCUGUAUCUAAGUUUAUAAACAUAUUUAUAAUGAUUUGUGAAUACCGAUCAUCACCUAACAUUCAAAUUUGAAUAUUUAAUAAUGAUUGCAUACACAAGCCUUCAAAAGACGUAUCAACUGCAACCGCCCACUUAUUCAAAAUGAAGGCUUGCAGAUUGGAAGAUGUUGAAUUAACUCAUUAAUAUUAAUAAAAACUUCUAAUGAUGUCGCCAUAUAAUUUCUGGAUUGGUCAAUUUGAAUUCCAGUCAUUUUGAUUUAUGAAACAUUAUAUUUACAAAAACAUCCCCAGCUUUGUGCCCUUCACUGUAUUUUAUGUUUCUAUAUAAAUGAAGGAAAUCAAAAUUUUACAUUUGCAUUGUACAGAGCAUGUACAAUGCAUUGUGGGGGAAAAGUUUUCUUUGCAUAUAAUGGUAAAAUUUCACUUGCAUAAAAAAUGGUGGACAUUUUGAUAUUCCACUUGAAAAAAAAAAAAAG